AUGCAAAAUGGACCUAGUAACGCCCCCGAACAAAGCCAGGGGCGGCUGCUGUUGUUAGUAGCUCCCGUCCUAACUCUACGUACAAUAGAGCCUCCACCUCCUGCACCUGCAAGCAGAAACAACCCUUCAGAACAAUGGCUGCCAGUACGACUAAAUCACUUCGAUGCUUCCAACACUGAAACCUUUCAAAUGCGAUACUACUACAACAGUGCAAUCGGAGGAUCUAACCACAUAGUGAUCUUCGUGGGGGGCGAAUGGAGCAUUUCUCCCGGGUGGGUGCAGGGCGGCCUCGCGUACGAGCUCGCAGAGUGGCUGAACGCGGGACUAUUCUAUACAGAACAUAGAUAUUAUGGAAAAUCGAGGCCUACCAAUGUUUGUGCAGUCGCUAUAUACACCGUAGCACUAAAGAUUGCCUUUUGUGACACGAACGUAUCGGACUUGCGAUACCUCAACGUGGACCAGGCGCUGGGAGACUUGGCUCAGUUCAUACAGUAUGUGAAGAGUGAUGACUUCGAACAUGGGCAAUUUAAGGAUGGUAACGUCGCCCUCGUGGGGUGUUCCUACGCAGGUAGCAUGGCCACCUGGAUGAGGCUCGCCUACCCCCACCUCAUCACCGCAGCGUUCUCAGACAGUGGACCUUUACAUGCCCAGGAAGACUUCCCAGAAUAUCUUGAAGUGAUAACCGAAGCGUUACGGCAGCAAGGCGGAGAAGCUUGCGUCUCAUCAAUAGAGGACGCUAUGCGACGUAUUGAGGAGCUUUUGGAGACACCGGCCGGUGCAGAGAGAGUGUCACAGUUGUUUAACACAUGUUCCCCUCUUCAAGCCUCAUCUCCUCUGGAUCUCGCUACUUUCUUCUGGUACGGCAUUACUGAGACCUUCGCAUACUUAGUGCAGUACGCAGUGCCAGGGGACAUCGCUAGCGCGUGUCAGACCAUCUCAAAUGCUACUCUAAACGCGAAUUCAGUGGAGCGUCUUGCCACCUGGAUCACCAAUCAGACAUGGACUCAGCCUUGCAUCGAAUCCCGGUACUCCGAGCAGGUGGCCAUUCACACCAACACUAGCUAUGACGCUCCUGGAGCCGUUAUGCGUCUCUGGACGUAUCAAACGUGUGUCGAGUACGGCUGGUACCAGACCACCUCCAGCAGCAGGCAGCCUUUCCUCAACUCUGUGCCUUUGGAGUACUUCCACCAGAUGUGUAAGGACUUUUUUGGUAUUGAUUUCAACGAAUCUCGACUCCGUGCAGGAAUAGCGCGUACUAACAAUCUGUUCGCUGGUCUGAACCAUUUACCAGACCACGUGGUCUCUGCAGUGGGAGGUCUGGACCCCUGGUCACCCAUGGGACCUAACACUUCACAUGCACAUGCGUUGGCGCCUGUGUUUGUUGUUAAUGGGGUUUCGCAUUGUAGGGCAGUUAGACCAAGCGGCCAAAGUGAAACGGAACAGCUAGAGGCAACGAAGAGGGAUAUUCUCUUACAGAUGAACAGUUGGAUGGCUAGAGUUGAAGCUAGUGCGAGCGCCGCGACUUUAUCUCCUUUCCUCGCUGCCGUAGCUAUUUAUAUGGCAUUACUGGAACACUAUAUA